UCUCCGCUGUCCUGCUGUGACUGUGCUGGAAUAAUGUCAUGGUGUUGACAGGAGCUGCUGAGAGAUUGUCGGCAAGGCUUGACUGAUAGCUGGUUACUUGGCAGGCGCAGUCCCUGUGUAUUUGUCGUACAAGUGUCCUGGCACAAUGGCCAAGUCCACCGCUUAUGGGUUAGAGGUUAUUGCCGGUACCGCCCAGAGACACUCAAGAGACAUCCGUAACGAGGACCUACAGGGGACCUAUUCAGAAAGGAUCCAAAUCAAGUUUUCGGGUUCCGUCUUCAUGGAGAAGUAUGAGAAAAUUGGUAAAAUCGGUGAAGGUUCCUAUGGAAUUGUCUUUAAAUGCAGAAACAGAGACACGGGGCAGAUUGUGGCAGUGAAGAAGUUCCUAGAAUCCGAAGAUGACCCGGUGAUCAAGAAGAUUGCUCUGCGCGAGAUCCGCAUGCUUAAGCAAUUAAAACAUCCAAACCUCGUUAACCUGCUAGAAGUCUUCAGAAGAAAGAGGAAAUUACAUUUGGUCUUUGAAUAUUGUGACCACACUGUCCUUCAUGAACUGGACCGACAUCCACGAGGUGUACCAGAACAUCUUGUAAAAAGCAUAAUCUGGCAAACGUUACAAGCCGUCAACUUCUGCCACAAACACAAUUGUAUUCAUCGUGAUGUCAAGCCAGAGAAUAUUCUCAUCACCAAGCACUUUGUCAUUAAGUUGUGUGAUUUUGGAUUUGCCAGGAUAUUAACCGGACCCAGCGACUACUACACAGAUUAUGUGGCUACAAGGUGGUACCGAGCGCCGGAGCUGCUGGUGGGUGAUACCCAGUACGGCCCUCCUGUGGAUGUCUGGGCUAUCGGCUGUGUGUUCGCUGAGCUCAUAUCUGGAAUCCCUCUGUGGCCGGGCAAAUCUGACGUGGAUCAGUUAUACCUCAUCAGGAGAGCUCUGGGUGAUCUUAUUCCUCGGCACCAGCAAGUGUUCAGUACCAAUCUGUUCUUCAGUGGGGUCAGCAUCCCGGAUCCUGAAAGAAUGGAGCCCCUGGAAUACAGAUUUCCGAAUAUCUCCGCUAAUGCAAUGGGACUCAUGAAGGGCUGCCUGCACAUGGACCCUGCAGAGAGGCUAAAGUGUGAACAGUUGCUGGAACACCCGUAUUUUGACAGCAUCCGAGAGGAAACGGAGGCCGCAAGGGAUCCAGAGAGAGUGAGCCGGAGACAGACCAGAUUACACAGGAAAUACUUUCCAGGGCUGCAGCAUCUCCCACAACUUACCAACAGCAACAUCUUACCGGCCCUGGAGUGUAAGAAAUAUUACAACACCAGAAAAUUCAACUACCGCUUCCCCAACAUCUAACUGGGAGAAAGUCGGGCACAGAGAGACUAGUAAAAUAUUUAUUAUUCUCGGAACAAAGUGGCAGGAAUGUGUGAGCAGAAAACCAGAGGCAGCUUGUAUGCUGGUAAACAGCGGGCGCGGCCCUUGAAAGUUAUUUAUAGGAUCCGGUUGAUUUAAAGGCUAAUAAACCACGCCGUGGCAUAAUGGGCACUGAAGUGGAGAAGAUCUAAUUGUAUUCGGGAAAUGGACAAAUGAAUUAUGCCGUACACUCCCCUGUGCAACAGACAGGUUCAGCUAAGCUGAGUCCAUGUAUAGAAUCCAGACACCCAACUUUUCUGACUACUAUAUCUCAUAUACUGUGUUAUUUAUCUGUACAAAGAGCUUUCUUGGAGGAAGCGUGUUCCGAUCUGCUACAGCCACCAACUAUGAAGGUAACUUACCCAGCCUGAGCUUUUUAAACUGCAACUCUGUAAUUUCAGUAAGCUACACAGUCAGAGAUGUCAUCUGUCUCUUCUGAAUGGAUAAGCUAUAGUCUCCGUGAUGUCACUGGUCUCUAGUGUAUGGACAGGCUGCAUGCUCAGUGAUGUCACUGGUCUCUAGUGUAUGGAC